GCAUUUCCGUUAGUUAUUUCGCACGUAAGUGUAGGAGUUCGCGAAAUAUAAAACACCAUGUCGGUUAUAAAUUUUGCGUUGUUAGUGCCCAUCCGUGUACAAGAAGACUUUAUCUUUUUUCAUAAAAAUGCUUAAAAAAAUAACCGUUUUGGGUUUUAUCUGUGUUAGUGUGGGAAGCUGUUUUCCAGUGGUGCAGCAAUUAAGACUUUCCUUAGCUGAUACAGUCACUAGCUAUAGUAACUUUGAACCUGAAGGUCCAGGUACUUACGCUUUUGGUUAUGACAUAGACGAUCCAGAAAGUGCUAACACCCAGUUUAGGGAGGAAGAAAGACAUUUGGAUGGGUCGGUGGUGGGGAAAUAUGGGUGGGUGGCCGAUGAUGGUAGGGUUUAUGUGGUCAGCUAUGUGGCUGAUACUAAUGGGUACAGAGCAACUGUUAAAGACGCUUCCAGAUAUCGAAGGGCCAAAGGACCUAUUCAAAGGACCAUUCCUCACAGAGCAGGACCGAAGCAUUUAAUUUAAAUAAAAACAAAUAAAUAAAUUAA